AUGGCCAUCAAAAUUCCCCAUCUAUUCUAUCCCAUUCUUUGCCUCUUUCUUUUCCUCAUACCAUUUCAUGAGGGUUACACCCUGAAAGACCUCAACAAUGCCUCUCCAUGUCAUCCUUUGAUCCAUAGAAAAGCACUAGCCAUCAGCAGAAAGUUUGACUUUACGCCGUUUCUAAAGAGCCUCCGGCACCGGAAAUCUGCACCAGACCUCCACCAGCAUCCGGGCACACCGGAAAACGAGAUCGACCCGCGUUAUGGUGUGGAAAAGCGCCUUGUCCCUACAGGACCAAAUCCUUUACACCAUUAA